CAAUUAGAGGGAGAAGCUUCAUCUCGAGUUGGAUACUCGUCAAGCCUUUUCAAAGUCUGAGCACGACUACUCUCUCUCUCUCUCUCUCUCUCUCUCCUCUCUGUUAUCGCUAUAGAUUAAGAUCAUUGCUAUAGUUGAUUCUCUGCAAAUUCAAAGCUAAGUUAACUUGUGAUCUGAUCGGGGCAUUUGUGUCUGAUUGUUGAGCUUAUCGGACAACAUGAAUUAUCUUCUUGGAGCUUUUAAGCCGGCAUGUAAUAUUUCCAUUACAUUUUCAGAUGAAAAAACUCGUAAAAAGGUUCCACUCAAGAAGGAAAAUGGUCAAACGAUAACGGUUCCACUCUUCCAAAGCCAAGAAUAUAUCGGUGGAAAGGUUUCUGUAGAACCAAUUCAAGGGAAGAAGAUUGAGCAUAAUGGAAUUAAAAUUGAACUCCUUGGCCAGAUAGAAAUGUACUUUGACAGAGGAAACUUCUAUGACUUCACAUCCCUCGUUCGUGAAUUGGAUGUUCCUGGAGAGAUAUAUGAAAGGAAAACUUAUUCAUUCGAAUUCUCCACUGUAGAAAUGCCAUAUGAAACAUAUAAUGGUGCAAAUGUGAGGCUCAGGUAUGUUCUUAAAGUGACAAUCAACCGUGGUUAUGCUGGCAGCAUUACAGAAUAUCAAGAUUUUGUGGUUCGCAAUUACAGUCCUCCUUCGCCCAUUAAUAACAGUAUUAAGAUGGAAGUUGGAAUUGAAGAUUGCCUUCAUAUAGAGUUUGAAUAUAACAAAAGCAAGUACCAUUUGAAAGAUGUCAUCAUUGGAAAGAUAUAUUUUCUUCUUGUUAGAAUCAAGAUUAAAAAUAUGGAUCUUGAAAUCAGGCGAAGAGAAUCGACUGGAUCAGGGGCCAAUACCCAUGUUGAGACAGAGACACUAGCAAAGUUUGAAUUGAUGGAUGGUGCUCCUGUGAGAGGUGAAUCGAUUCCAAUCAGACUAUUCCUCAGCCCUUAUGAAUUGACGCCAACACAUCGCAACAUCAACAACAAAUUCAGCGUGAAAUAUUAUUUGAACCUUGUUCUAGUCGAUGAAGAAGAUCGUCGGUACUUUAAGCAGCAGGAGAUCACAAUAUACCGCCUUGCAGAGUCUUCUUCAUGAUCGAUUAUUCAACCUUUAUAAACAGUUGACACCUGAAUACUCAUUAUCUGACUAUAUUGCAACUCUUGUGUUCCCUAUAGAACUCACACAGCCAAAGUCACUGCUUGUUUUUUCGAAUUCCUUUUUUGUUUUUUCCUGUUGCUUAUUAGACAAAAUCCCUUUUGUACAUGCGUACGAGUUCUUCAUGAUCGUUUAUUCCCCCCUUUAUAAACAUUUGACACCUGGAUACUCAAUCAUUUGGCAAUAUUACAAAUUAUAUUCCUCUAG